CUAUUUGAAGAUGACGCAGAUAUCAGCGAAAAAAAGCAGUGUAUCUCAAGUGACACCCUUGGUUAAGAAAAAGAGUUAUUCGCGACGUGGUUCGCGGUCACGUUCACGUAAUCGCCAUUCACGUCAUCCCACACCUUCUAGAAGUUUGGCGUCUCAAACUGUUAAAACUGAUUCGGUUGGAAAACUGUUGCCGACCACUGUACAUCAUUCGCUUAUCAGUGCUGUCAAGGAAGACUCGACUCCAUUUCAAAAUCACUCUUUGCAAACAUCAAUGAAGUCCUAUGGAACAGUCAUCGGUACGAAAAAAUUAAAAUUCGCGAAGCUGUCGAGUCCUCUCGUUGAUCAUCCCUAUAUUCUGACGUUAAUCCAUUUUUUUAUAUGUGUUCUCUGUGCAAUUAUCAUUUACAAAGCAUUCAACUACUUUGGUAUUGAUCGAUUCGCGAUAAAAUACUGGACGCAGUGGAGCAAGAAGGUCCUUCCUAAUUUAUCUCUGUAAAAGUUGUUUUUA